ACCUGCCAGGGGAGGAGGUGGUGAUGACAUCGAGAGGCGUCGGUCGAGCGCGACCUGAGGUGGAGCGCGCGAGGAGGGAGAAGAGGACAGUGGGGCAGGCUGACGUCGAGGUGCGCGACACGGGCAGGGAGAAGAGGGCUCGGCAGACGACGAUUGACGAGAUGUACGCCAAGGAGAAGUUGGCCGAAAUCACAAAUGCGUGGCUGCAGUGGAUCUAUGUGAAGGGGUUGCCAUUCAACGCCUUCCGUGGUCCGGAGUUCCAGAGGGUGCGGCAGACGGUUGAGAGAGUGCCUCGCAGUGUCCAGUUCCGAUUUCGCUCGUUCGGGGUUACAGCGGGCGUUGGUAUUCCUUCGCAGAGGGCGAAGGUGGCGACGAUGGUGAGCGAGGUGUGCGUCGCUUUCCGGCACAGUGGUGCCACCAUCCUCUCCGACGGGAGGAAGUCGCGUAGCGGCAAGCCGCUCGUGAACUUCCUCUACGUCACCGUCGCACGUGACGGGUCGGUCCAAGACACAGCGGACAUCGUGUACCGUAGGUGGCGGGCCAUCAUCUUGUCCUUUCCUGCAAAGGACGUGAUCGGCUUCUGCACAGACUCCGCCAGUAACUAUACGGUGGCGGCGCGCAGAUUCGCCACUGACCCCGACCACGACAUUAGGAGGAUCACUUGGCUCCCCUGCUCCACCCAUGUCUGCAACUUGAUGUUGUCAGAUAUCGGGACGCGAGUUGGGUGGGUCAAGGACACCAUCAUCCGCACUGGGGCGCUUGUGCGAUUUAUUAAAUCGCACGGCGCUGCUCACGCCCUGUUUAGGAAGCUGCUCAUCCGGGACGCGGAGUUUUGGCGUUGUGUCCAGUACGCCCUCCUUAUCAUGGCGCCCAUCCACCAGCUGUUGCGCGGGAUGGAUAGGGGGGGGAUGAUGAUGUUCGUCGUUUACGAGUGGAGUCAGCAUGUGCUGCAGUUGAUGAGGAGGGUCGACGUGCCGGAGGACAUGAUCGAGCCGUGCGURCGUGAGGUUGCCAUCCGCAACCUCCACAUGUUGGAGCCCGCACAUGCCGCGGCCCACCUCCUCAACCCUCGUCGACGGUCCCUCACGUAUUACGAGUCGUUACAGACGACCGCCGACAAUGCCCGUGUGGUCGAGGAGUGCGACGGAUUUCUCCUGGCGCAGACCGACGGCGAUUCGGUCGGCAGACUGUACAGGACCGUGAGGGACCAGAUGAGGGCCUUCCACUCGAGGCGAGGUGAUUGGGGAGAUCGGUCCCUCUCCGAUGCCGAGGCGGACGAUUGCAAGGGGGACCGUGAGACCGAGCGAUGUGCAGCGUGGUGGUUUGACCAUGGACGGGCCCACCCGGAGUUGCGCACCAUCGCCAUCUGUGUCAUGCACUUGUGGAUGUCUGCCUCUCCAGCAGAGCGGAACUGGGCGCAGCACGAGCGCAUCAACACGGAGAGGCGCGCCAAGCUUGGGUUUGCCAAGCUUGCACAGCUGGUUGAGAUUACCACCAAUCUCAAACUGGCCUCGUGCGCACGGCAGGGUGGUGGCUACGUGUUGCCAUGGGUUAUGGGGACCGGUCGGGAGGGGACGGCGGCAGAGGACGAGGAUGAGGAGGGAGACGUGGAGUUCGAGGUGUGGGGAGCGCGACCUGCUGGCAGUGUUCCCGAGCAGGAGAUCCAGCGGCAGAUUGUCGCUUUCCAGGCCAGCCGACCGUCCAGAGCCCAUUCGGGUGUGGAUGAUGCGGACGCUGUUGCGGCAGACGACAACAUCGACGACGAGUGGACAGACGAUGAUGACACGCCGCUGAGUGGCGACCCGACGGCUGAGCGGGUGUACUUCACUUACGGUGGGGGACGUGACGGCAUGGUUUCAUUCACAUCAGUUCUCACUGGUGGUGUGCCGUCGACCGCACAGGCGAGUGGCAACAGCAGAGCUGGUGGUGGUCGUGGAGGACGUUCGCAUGCGGAGGUUGGCGUCGACGACUCGGGGGAGCAGCAGCCACGGGGAGGUCUUCAGCAGACAGACAGGCGUUGGGAGGUUAGGAGCGACAACGAGGCCGAGGAGGAGGUCGAGGAUGAGGGGGUGCCCCUUCACGAUCGUCGCUUCUCUCCCUCCGAUCAUCGGAGCUCUGCACAGCCCGAGGCACUUAGGCGUUCGGAGAGGUUGGCGUCGGCAUCAGGCAGAGACCGGACACAUGACGGCGAGGAUUGUGGGGGGGAGAGGACUCUUUCCGACACCGGUAUCCACCCCCGCUCGCCGUCGGUGCUCCGCACACACGACUUUGACGUCGUAGGGCUUGGUGGGAGCUUGGGAGAUUUCAGUGUCGAGGGACGUCGGCGUGCCUCACCGUCGGAGGUGCGCACCAACGCGGACGUUAUGCAGGGCGCUGUUGAGAAUGAGGAGGAGAAGGAUGCCCGUUUGGACCGAGAGGAGGAGGAGCGGCUGGGGAGUUUGCCACGAUGGGAAGGUCGGUUCGCGUAUCUUGACGAGCAGCGUCGGCGGAGGGAAUUGGAGAUAGGAGGGAGGGGAGGCCGUGACGUCGACGACUCGGGGGUCCCUGAGGAGGCAGUUCAGGGGGAGUUCAAUGAUGAGGGACAGGAUGCCGCCGCGGGUGGUGGGUCAGGUGGUGGACGACGAGAUGACGGGGAGACCGCGGGUGAUGAGGGGCAGGAUGUUGUCAUGGGCGGUGGGUCCCCUAGUGGGGGGCGUGGCAGCAGCAGGACCGCGGGUGACGAGGGACAGGGUGCCGCCAUGUGUGGCAGAGGAGAGGGUGGACCCGGUGGAGAUGGGGACACCGUGGGUAUUGGGGGAGACGAUGGACCGGACGGAGAUAAUGACAACGACCACGAUCCCGAGGACGAUGCGUAUAGGCUCGCCUUGGUGUUGAGGGACCCCACAGUACCUCCCUUGCGCCUGUUGACAGCGCACACUUUCUUCGACGUCGACGCUUUGGCUCAAGCGUUGACGGAUGACCCUUUCGCACACAUGAGCCGCAAGAGCGGCAAGAGGCGGGCCCCUGGGAGGGUAUAUUCACCGCCGCCGUUCGUGGUGGAGAGCCCUCACUGGUCGGGUUCGUCGCUCAGCGGCGUGAGAGGGAGGGAGUCCGGAGCGGGUGAGGUGGGGUCCGGCAGACGCAGUGACGGCGGCAGAGACAGUGCAGGAUCGAUGCCUCCACCCCCCGCACGGACUCCGGAGGCCGGGGUCGACACCGGGGACCAGACGGUGGCACCCGGAGUUGCGCACAAUGGCGGUUCCCCGCCGACAGUCCGAGGUGGUGUGGGUGGCAGAUGGUCAGCUGUUCGUCGGGGCGGGGACCGGUUGCGGGCGGAUUACGACGCCGGGACAGGCGUCGUAACAGGACGCAUGUUAGUUCAGACGCAGGCUGCAGAGGGUGGGUCCGGACGUCCGAGCCUGCAGAUGGCAGGCCGCAUGCUCGGUUUGUCACAAGCGGAGACGAGGAGAUCAUUGGUCCUCGAGGCCGCAGGGACAUCCACAGACAUGCUGCGGGGAAAGCAAUUCACAUCGGGCGAGGAGGGGUUGUUCAUGCGUCCCGGGACGAGACGACAGUGUGGCCUCUCGGAGGUUGACGCUCGACUCGCGGCAGGGAUCGCCGCUAGCCAGGCAGCAUUGGACGCGAUUCAGAGGGAGAGAGAGACGGGGAUUGCUGCACGGGCGGCGGAGGACGAGGACGCAAACACAGAGUCCAAGCCGAUCGAGACUGCGCCUCGCAGACACAGGGCACAGGUGGCCGCGACAGCCGUUGCAGCACAGGCGGCAUGCCUCAGCGGAGCACGGGGAACAGGUGCCGGAGGGAGAGGGGGGCAACGGGGAGGACCGCAUGGCCGCCCGUCCUCCGUGAGAGGCCGCGCGCGCUCUGGAGGGAGAUGACGACGUCCAUGUUUUUUUUUUUUUUUCCUUGAGUUUUUUUUGUUUUUUGUGUGGCUGUACAGCCUGGACGCUCUGUCGGCAGGGUCGUUGCAUAUUUAUGUCGAUGUUGUUCCAUGGAGACGACGACAGUAUGUGGACAUUAGGGUUUUUUUUUUUUUUUUUUGCUACUCGGUUGUACAGUAGGGACGACGGGUCCAGUUUUUGGCUUCAGCCUUGUACAUACGCAUUUCCAUUGCAAUGCUUUGUCAAUAGGGUCCAGUUUUUUUUUUGCUACUCGGUUGUACAGUAGAGACGACGGGUCCAGUUUUUGGCUUCAGCCUUGUACAUACGCAUUUCCAUUGAAAUG